AUGCAGUCUUUUCUACAGUACAAGAGAUUCCGAGCCACGGUCGAGGCACAAUUAGAACGGGACCAGGCCAGGGCAGAAGCUUUCAGAACACAACCUCGACAGAAGCCUAAAAGGCGUCUCUCGAAAGCCUCCAUAUCGUCAGACGAGAGCAAACAGGAUCUCGAGAAAGGCGUCGAACAUGGCGACUUCGCAACCCAGAACCAGUUGCGUCCACUUCCCACGGAUCUGAAUGCCUCUUCGGAAAAAGAGCAAAAAGAAGAGAUGGCCGCUGAGAACGGACGAUUCGAGGAGCCAGCGGAGGAGACCCCGAAAGUUGAAGAUGGAGACGACAGUGGCGAUGAGGAUGUCAACGACUUGAGUGCCAACAGGACGAUUUCCAGAACUACGACGCAGAUGAGUGCCGGAAAUGCCUUAGGGACGAUUUUGACUGGUGUUGAAGUACGGAGACGGACGACCAAGGAGGGUGGGGAUGGCAAUGUGUUUGUCGUCAAUUAUGAGGGACCGCAUGAUCCGAAUGAUCCUCAUAACUGGCCAAGAGCGAAACGACUGUUCUGCACAUUCUUAAUCGCAGCAAUCGCCCUGGUCGUGGGUAUGGCCAGCUCCAUCGACAGCGUUGCACUUCCACAAGCCUCGAAAGAGUUUGGAGUUUCAGAAGUUGUCGAAAGCAUGACCACUGGUCUGUUCUUGAUCGGAUUCGGAUGUGGUGCCCUCUUCGCUGGUCCCUUCAGUGAGACGGUCGGUCGAAAUCCAGUUUACAUCGUGACGAUGAUCAUCUACAUGUGCUUCAUCUUAGGAGCUGGACUGUCUCCCAACAUCGGCGCUCAGCUGGCGUUCCGAUUCCUUGCUGGCUUCUUCGGAUCGACGCCGUUGGUCUGCGCAGGUGGUAGCAUUAGCGAUUUGUGGAGCCCACUGGAGCGCGUCUACGCCUUUCCCAUGUUUGCCAACGCAGGCUUCCUGGGUCCAUGUCUCGGGCCCAUCAUAGGUGGCUACAUAGCGCAAUCGCAUCAGCUGAGCUGGCGCUGGACAGAGUGGAUCACCCUGAUCUUCUCCGGUUUGAUUCUAGGAGUCGUGGUCCUGUUCCUCCCAGAGACCUACCCACAGACCCUGCUCAAAUGGAAAGCAGAGCAUCUUCGAGCCAUCACACAGGACCAGAGAUACCGCGCAUACAUCGAGAUUCGCGAGGAGACUCUCCUCCAUCGUCUGACGCACUCUCUAUACCGCCCCUUCAUCCUGACAGCUCGGGAACCGAUCAUUAUGAUCUUUGCGCUCUACCUCACGGUCAUCUACAUCAUCCUCUUUACUUUCCUGGACGGAUACACCUAUGUCUUUCAGGAUACGUAUGGCAUCUCGCAGGGCCUGACGGGUAUCUGCUUCGUGGGUAUCAUCGUUGGUCUAUGCUGCGCUUCAGCCAUUGUACCCUUGAUCUACUCCUGGGCGAAGCGUGAUCUCAAGAAGAUUGAGGAGCAAGGUGGUACCCGACUGCCUCCAGAGUUCAGGCUGUGGUAUUCCAUGCUCGGUGGCGCAUUUGCAGUCCCCAUCAGUCUGUUUUGGAUGGGUUGGACUGCAUAUCCUCACAUCUCCAUUUGGUCGCCACUCCUAGCAUCCGUGCUCUUCGGCUACGGCAUCCUCUGCAUUUUCAUCACCAGCUACCAGUACAUCAUCGACUCCUACGAGAUCUACGCCGCCAGCGCCCUCUCCUCCAUCACCUUGAUCCGAUACAUCGCAGCAGGCGGCAUGACCAUCGUCGGCAUUCCGUUCUACGAGAACAUGGGCGUUCACUAUACCCUUACCAUUCUGGCGUGUUUGAGCAUUCCGCUUGUGCCGGCGCCGUAUAUUCUGUAUAAGUAUGGGCCAUGGAUUAGGAGUAAGAGCAAGUAUGCUGUUAAUGAUACGACGGGGAGGAGGUAA